GUUGCCGAAGCCCGGCUGAGGCGGCCAUAUUGGGAGCCGCCGCUGUGUGAAUCUGAGGGGCGGCAAGUGGCGUCCUGGCACCGGCGGUGGCGGAGGAAGGAAGGAAGACGGUGCCGGAGCCCUGCGAAGGAGGCCCGGCGGGGCUUGGCGACGUCCAACCGGCCCAAGGCCCGCUUCAAACGGCCGGGGGUUUUUUUUUCCUUCCGGCGCGGCCUAGUCUCUAGCGCCUCAUCCCCGGCCUCGCGUGAUCCUGCAAGCCGGGCACCCUGCACCCUAGGCCGGCUUAGAAAGGGAACCUGAUGCCGGGUCGGUGGUCGUGCCUUCCGACCGCCCAGUGAGCCCAGCUUCCCCCAUGCUGGUGGCUUGGCCGCCCCCCUCGCCCUGAGGAGGAGGAGGAGGAGGAAAAGGAGAGGAGGAGGAGAAGGAGGAAGAAGACCCCCCCCCACCUCUUCCAGCUGGGCCAGGGAGCAGGAAGAGGGGAAGGCGGCUGAGCAGCUGGGGGGAGCCCCCCUCAGGCCUCUGCCAACGGGAGCCAUGUCGAACAGCGGCCGCAGCCCCCUGCCCACCGUGACGGAGAACCUGGAGCAGCCGGCCUUGGGACACCCAGACUCCAAGCCCAGCGCCAAGUCCAACAUGCUUCGAGGCCGCAUCCCUGCAACCUCCGCCGACGAGCAGCCCCACAUCGGGAACUACCGCCUGCUGAAGACCAUCGGCAAGGGCAAUUUUGCCAAAGUCAAGCUGGCGCGUCACGUCUUGACGGGGAAAGAGGUGGCUGUGAAAAUAAUCGACAAGACGCAGUUGAAUUCCUCCAGCUUACAGAAGCUCUUCCGGGAAGUGCGAAUAAUGAAGGUUCUGAAUCACCCGAAUAUAGUUAAAUUAUUUGAAGUCAUAGAGACGGAUAAGACGCUGUACCUCGUCAUGGAGUAUGCCAGCGGAGGCGAAGUGUUUGACUACUUAGUAGCUCAUGGAAGAAUGAAAGAGAAGGAAGCGCGGGCAAAAUUCCGACAGAUAGUUUCUGCUGUGCAGUACUGUCACCAAAAAUUCAUUGUACAUAGAGACUUGAAGGCAGAAAAUCUGCUCUUAGAUGCCGACAUGAACAUCAAGAUUGCAGACUUCGGUUUCAGCAACGAAUUCACGUUUGGCAACAAGCUUGACACCUUCUGCGGGAGCCCCCCGUACGCCGCGCCCGAAUUGUUCCAGGGCAAGAAGUACGACGGGCCCGAGGUGGACGUCUGGAGCCUGGGGGUUAUCCUUUACACACUGGUCAGCGGCUCCCUGCCCUUUGAUGGGCAGAACCUCAAGGAGCUGCGAGAACGGGUUUUGAGGGGGAAGUAUCGCAUCCCCUUCUACAUGUCCACGGACUGUGAGAACCUGCUGAAAAAAUUCCUCAUCCUGAAUCCUAGCAAGAGAGGCACUUUAGAGCAAAUCAUGAAAGACCGCUGGAUGAAUGUGGGUCACGAGGACGAUGAAUUGAAGCCUUACGUGGAACCUCUGCCAGAUUACAAGGACCCUCGGCGGACAGAGCUCAUGAUUUCUAUGGGGUACACCCGGGAAGAAAUUCAAGAGUCCUUAGUCAGCCAGAAGUAUAAUGAAGUGAUGGCGACGUACCUGCUGCUAGGUUACAAAAACUCAGAGCUCGACAACGACAGCAGCACCCUCAAACCUCGCCCCCAGCCUGAGCUCGCCAACAGCACGGUCCCCUCCCCUUCGCACAAGGUACAGCGCAGCGUCUCCGCCAACCCCAAGCAGCGCCGCUUAAGUGACCAGGUACCCAACAUCCCGACGUCCACGUCUUACUCCAAGAAAACGCAGGCAGCCAACGCUGAGAACAAGAGGCCCGAAGAGGAGAGGGAGGCCGGGCGCAGCAAGGCCGGGAGCACCGUCAAAGUGCCCGCCAGCCCCCUGCCCAGCCUGGAGAGGAAAAAAAGUACCCCUAUGCCCUCCACGAACAGCGUCCUCUCCACCAGCACAAACCGGAGCCGCAAUUCCCCCAUGUUGGACCGCGCCAGCUUGGGCCAGAACUCGAUACAGAACGGCAAAGAUAGCCUAACCACUCCGGGCUCCAGGGCCUCCACCGCCUCCGCUUCGGCCGCCGUGAGCUCCGCGCGCCCGCGACAGCACCAGAAAUCCAUGUCCGCCUCGGUGCACCCCUCCAAGCCCACGCAGCCCCCCACCGACAAUCACUGCGAGGCCCAGCGACCUAGCACGGCCCCCCAGCGGGCUCCGGUGGCCUCCCCUUCCGCCCACAACAUCAGCAGCGCCCUCCCCGAGCGCACCAACUUCCCGCGAGGCAUCCAGAGCCGCAGCACUUUCCACGCCGGGCAGCUCCGGCCGGUCCGCGACCAACAAAACCUCUCCUACGGCCUGACGCCCGCCUCGCCUUCCGGCAACAGCCAAGGCCGGAGAGGAGCUUCCGGCAGCCUCUUCAGCAAGUUCACCUCCAAGUUCGUACGCAGGCAUGGCGGUAGAGAGCCACUCUCUGGGCUGGUCAGCAGUGCCCUGUUUACACACACAGCGUCUAACGGGGGGCCCUCCCCGGUCCACAAUGGAGUCCAGUUUCCUGUGUUGAAUGCUGCACAACCCCACUUCUGGGGAUUUUAGCCUUCUCUUCCACCCCACCCCCUUCCUGGCAUGUCUUUUCCAGUGGGCCCAAACAUGGCGGGAGGGGUGGAGUGGGGGCGCCAGAGGCUGGCUAUGGAACAGGCCUGCUGGGACGGGGGGGCACAGCCCAGGGUUAUUUCACGCCCCCCAAUCUUCUACGGCUGGCCGAUUCCCACAAAAAGCCUUUUGGAUGUUCAGGAUGGGUUGAAGAGCUUUGGGGCUUGCUGGUUUUUAUUCCCGGGUGACAGGUACGCUGCCCACCCCACCCCACCCCACCCCCCCGCUCUCUGGAUAGCUGAAAACAGAGGGCGUGGUGGGGGGAGAGGACCCAUGGCUUCUGUUCCUUCCCCCCACCCGCAAUUUUUAUUUCCCUUUCCAAAGCACAACAGAGCAAAAGGAAAAAAUAAGACGACACUCCGGGCCUGGUUGCAGCCCCUUUGCCUUCUCUUUGGGCCUCGCUCUCUCUGGGUUUUCUUUUCAUUGUCACAUUGGCCCCCACCCUCUUGAGAAUGUAUUUUUGGUCCUGGGGAGGGGGCUCUGCAGCCCCUUCACCUUGUCUGACACACACACACACACACACACACACACACACGUACACACGCCUGGUUUGUAUAUAACUGUACUGAUACCUCGGUUUUUGUGAGUGGUUAUAAUUUUUUUUUUUUUUGGUUUCGUUUUAAUUUCUCAUCACAACAUUGCCUUUUUUUAAAAAAAGAAAGAAGAUCAUGUCCUUUUUCGGGACGGGGGUCAUUCUCUUUCCCCUCCCAUCCUUACCCCCCCCCCUUUUUUUCUUUCUUUCUCUUUUUCUCUCUCUCUCUCUCUCAAGGAUGCUACCGUUUGAUGUAGUUUUACAGGUUCUAGAUUAAAACUUUCCAGAAAG